GAUUCUAAUGCAACGUAUAGCAAUAGUCCGGCUCUCCAGGUGAACCUGGCAUAGGAGUAGAACAUGAUCUUGGCUGCGAUGCCCGCCCACCAAUUUUACUGACAUUGUUUCUGCCGUGGAAUCAACGGCAGGACCAUGGAACCCAAGCCGGCACCCACACCCCAAUCAGUGUUCCUGCUGCUGCCUCAGAAGGUUGUCAAUGUCCAGACUGGGCUAAAAGCAACUGCUUUUGCCAAAAAAACUGGUAUAGAACAUUUCCUUGCUACAGAAAUGAGAAUCAUGGGGGCUGUUCAGGUCCUAAUUGGUCUGAUGAACUUUUGCUUUGGAGCAGUCUUCAUUUUUACUCGCAUCUCUCCAUACCCGCGCUUUCCCUUCAUCUUUAUUACGGGGUAUCCAUUCUGGGGAGCAGCAUGUUACAUUAAUUCAGGAUCCACUUUAAUCGCAUUUGAAAGGAGAACCACAAAAUAUCUUGGACAAAUGAGUCUGAUUGUAAACACAAUAAGCUCUGUGGCUGCACUGGUUGGGAUAGUUCUCCUCUCGUUCGGCCUGGUUCUGGAUAGGAACUACCUGUGUGGCUAUGUUGGUGGAGGCACUAUUUGUGCUGGAAUCUCUAUCCUUUUAAUCGGGAUUUUGGGUAUGAUGAUGGUCUUCGCUGCCCUUGAACUCCUCAUUUCUCUGUCUUACUCAAUAUUCAGGCACAACUUGACCUGUGCUGAAUCUGAGUAUUGGUUUUCAAUAGAAGUGUGA